CACUCAUUUUUCUUCUGUCAUUCCUCUGCGAAACGAAUAAAAAAUAAAUCAAGUCAAGAGAGAAAAAUUUUUGUGUCGUCGCGAAAAUUACCCCAAAAUAUUAUUAAACAUUAAUUUUUCGCAUAAAACUGUUUACAUAAUUUUCCAUUUACCAAUUCCAACGCUACCCUUGCUCCUUCCGCACACCACAACGAUUUGAAAGUGUGGUUUUUCGUUUUUCCUUAAAAAUAAGUUCAAUUCGUCGAAAUCGAAGUCGAAGGUUCUUUGUGAAUAGAAGAGAAAAAUAAAAGUUUAUUGAAAAAUUGUGCGUGUGGCGAAUGUGAAACGAAAUAAAGAAAAAUCAUCAACUAAUGAAGUGAAUUAUUUAGCAAUAUAAAUAAAUUAAAAAAAUAAAGAAAAACAAUAAAAUUUGUGAAUUCGUAGUUUUAUACAAAAACAAAAACGUCGUCGUAGAGAAAAAGUCGAAAAUUUAAGAAAAUUUACGUGUCGCCUUGAUGUGAAAAAAGUGUUUCGCAAGUCGCAUCGCAAUCGUGUAAGCUCGCAAGUGUCUUUCCCAGCGGUGACAACGGUGGAGCACGACAGCAGCCCCAGUCGGCAGCCAACGCAAAAACGGCGAAGAAAAAUCAACUUAUAUUCGACUCGUCAUGAUGUAUUCAAUUAUCGAUUAAAUAUCCUCAUCGUCUCCGUGUCGUUUGGUUGGGAAUGUUUUUAAAAAUCAAUUUUUUAUGCACACACGACGCCAACUGAACUCCAACAAACAUACACACUAACAGAAUUGCAAUACAAAAUUCAUUCGAAUUGAAAUACAAUUCUCGAGAACUAACAACAGCAAAAGAAAAAAUCAUAAAGCAACAACCGCAGCAAUUUGAGCUGUCGUCGUCUUCGUUGUCAUCGUCGUCGUCAUCGUCAUGGAGUCGGCCGAUGCACUGGAAGAGGAGAAGAAGCUUCUAAAUGAAGCUAAAUAUCGAAACUACAUGUCGAAUAUUGACAAAGCAUUGCGCAACUUUGAGUACUCUAGUGAAUGGGCGGAUCUUAUAUCUGCACUUGGAAAACUUAAUAAGGCUAUUUCCAGCAACACACAGUAUCAAAUAAUCCCGAGACGAAUAAAGAUUUCCAAGCGUUUGGCACAAUGCAUGCAUCCCGCCCUACCAUCCGGUGUACAUUUAAAGGCGUUAGAGACGUACGAUGUGAUAUUCAGCAAGACCGGACCCGAGCGCUUGGCCACCGAACUCUUUAUCUACAGUGCGGGUCUUUUUCCAUUACUCGGUUAUGCUGCCAUGAACGUGCGUCCUGCCCUAUUGGGUGUUUAUGAAAAAUAUUUUGUGCCUUUGGGAGAUAAGCUUAGACCAGCGCUAAGUGGUUUCCUGAGUGGUGUCCUCCCAGGCUAUGAAAAUGGCCUCGAUCACUACGACCGAACCAAUACCCUGUUGACGCAGGUGUGCGUUGCCGUCAAUCCCAAAUAUUUCUACACCGUAAUGUGGGAAUGUGUAGCGACGAAUGCUUCAAUUCGAUUGCCAGCCAUCUCCUAUCUCUUGGACCAUUUCAACAAAAGACUGGGAAUGCAGCAACAAGUCUAUAUAAUGGGACACAAUCGGGAUGUCAUGAUGUCCGGCUUGUGUGCUUGCCUUAAUGAUUCUUUAAUUCUAGUUCAAAGAAACACCCUGGAAUUCCUUCUUCUUGGUUUUCCAAUGCACACGCAUUAUCUUAGCGAAGCUGAUCUAGUUAAAUUAGUCACCAAUGGCUUGAAUACGAUCCUCCGAAGGGAUAUGUCACUCAAUCGUCGUUUAUAUUCGUGGCUUUUAGGUGCAGAAGUAGCUAAAUCGUCGUCGUCAAAGCUCGAGCAGUCACUUGACGACACCACUGACGAGAGUACAGAGUCUAACUUUGAUAAACAUUCCAAACAUAUUCUAAUACAAUCAAUAAUAUGCACACUAAAGUUUAGCCUAGAAAGCACCCCUGUUGACCUCAAACCCUAUCGGAUUAUGGUGUCAUUGCUGGACAAAGCAGAAAUUGGCAGUGCCGUACUGGAUUAUGUGUUGUGUGAUAUAAUUCGUACAAUGUCAUUGUCCAGUGGAAAUGUCGAGGUCGUCAAAUCGGCCAAUCUUCUCUUUGCCACAUUUGACCCGGCCUACAUUUGGAGUUUUAUGACAAUCAUAUAUGAGAAAUCCUGCAAAAAGCGAAACGAAUCGUCUCACCUAACGCGAAACCUCCGACAUUCAUCAUCGGCAUCUAAAGGUGGUGAGAAAUUCCAGUGUCAAGUGGGAUCAGGAGAACCAUCGUUGGUGGAAAUCUGUUACCUGACCGAAUUCCUCCUCGAGACCAUAUCCCUAGAGAUGUACAACGAGACGACUCGUAUCUACUUGCCAAAGGUGUUCCUAGCUAUAACUCAGAUGCUCACUAUACACUCGGAAUAUUUGAGCAGUGACGACAUCAUUGCCUCCCUGAAGCUAUGCAUGAAAAUUGUUUCCAGAGUUCAACCAAUGAUAACAAGCCCGGUAAAACUUUAUGCAAAAUCACAAGUAACCGGACAAGAUGACCAAUCGAUGGGAGGUGAAAGCGUUCAAAGCGCAAAUGCCGUAAGUGGUAGUAGCACUGCAUUGCCUGGUAGCACGCUAGAAAAAAGUAAAUCCGAUUCAAAGCUAAAUCAAUCGGCAGCCGCUUUCGAUGUAGACGCAAACAAGGACAGUCUGAGUAGCUCCGAUGAGCCGAUACGUCGUUCGAAUUCGAACCAAAAUAUCGAUCGCAGGCCCAAUACAAGUCCUAAAAAGACUAAAAAAGCUAAAUCCUUUUCGAAACUCUCCGAACUGGAUAAAGAGAUAUGUCCAGACACAGGUCAACUAAUAAACCCACAAUCCUCAUCGGACCAGGAUACACCACUCAGUAUAAAGAAGCUUAAAAACAAGAAGAUCUCUCCACAAUUGCGGCUCAAGAUGAAGAAGUCACGACCACAAGAUCUGCCUGUUUCCGAUCGAGAUGUUUCUGACUCGGUUCUACUGUCAGCUCUUGAGAGCAAGGAUGCAGUCCAGCAGGAAACAAAAAAGGUACAAAAGCCCCCUAAGGAGACACAAUUCAUGUGUGACACUCAGGAGUGCACAUCAGAUGAGUUUUCCAUUCUGGAGAAGUGCAUUCGACAAUAUGAGGUCUUCUUCGAGGUGUAUUUAGCGCGAAAGGUCCUUCAAAUCAAUGUGCAACGCACCGCCUGCACGGUCACUGUCAAAGUCGAAACAGAUCCCGAAUCCAAUGCACCACCGAAUGUUGAGAAUAUUUUCAAGAACGAAGAAGUCUACGAGGAUGUUUGUGUGGAACGUAUGCUCGAAAUCGAUCGAUACUUUGAGACACUUCAAGUGAAUAUGAUGUGUCGUUCGAAGCAGCUCCAUCAAUUGCUUAGUCGAUCGCUGAUAAGCACUUUGGACUCAGCGAGUGAUGUAAGCGAUGCCGAGUUCAAAGAUUGCCUGUCGAGUGGGGAGCAUUUGGAUAAAUUGCAAAUGUUCGACGAGAAAACUGAAAGAAAUAUCAAUAAAUUGAUGGAACUACGUUUAUCCGAUUCGCUGAGGAAUGCCAUAAGACUCGCUGCAAAUUUGCUCGUAGAGAUGUCCACAUUUCCCAAUUGCAAUAAAAACCUUGUUCUAGAUAAAACAGAAAAUGAGCUUCCUAGUUGGCUUAAAGUUCUUACGUUGGUGGCGUCAUACACUCAGAGCGACAAAGAACUCCAAUUAGCCGCAAUCACAACGCUCUUUGAUUUAAUAAGUCUCCUAAAGUCCCAAAUCGAGCACACAACAAGUCCAGGUGUCACCUUCGUUGUGAUGCUGCCAUUGCUGAAAUUCGGUCAUGUUAGCUAUAUUGAAAAUAAAACGCGAAUUUUCCAACUCAUCACAUCGGUCCUGUGGAACUAUCUUGGCGAAUCCACCAUCGAUCCCAUGCAGAUAACAUCAUUACUUUACCAACUACACAAUUGCCUGGAGAGCGGUAUAGUGGAGACGGUAAUAGGCAAUCGGAUGUCCAGCCAUUACGAUGCCCAGCUCCUGAAACUUCGCACCGGUGAUAUGAAGGCACUGUCCAACUACAAAACUGAUAGAGCUUCUGAGAUAAAGAUGAUGUGUGUAUCGCCAGUGCAGCCAAUUGAGCAUACAGACCAUCUUAAGGAGAGUGAGUCGCAGAGUUUCAAGAAGUUUGAACUUCUGUGGCAUUUGGGUCGGGACAAACAACCAUCGAAGGGAUUUGAGAAGACACUUCUGCGGGUGCUGGACACAUUGGGUCUGCCCUAUUACAUGCCCAUCAGAACUUUCGUAACCAAAUGGCUACAAGAGUCGUUGUUGCGUGGAGACCUGUCGCGUCUCUUGAAGCCACUGCACAAAAUACUUCUCUCUUCAAACACCCGUCGGAUUGGUAUUGUUCACUUUCAUUUGAUGAAGAAGGACGGCGAAGAAGCAAUGGCUGCCGAUGCCAAAGAAGCCGAGGAUAAGUGUGAUAGUGUCACUGAUCGGGGAGUGUUUGCUAUAAGCUCAGAGGAUGGAAAUGUUAAGUAUCAUAUAGAUUCAUCAUUGACCAAGAAACGCAGUCCCAUUCGGUCGUUCCAAAAGAAGAUUUUCGGCGUGACCCUGGGCAGUAAGAACAAAACAUCGAUUUUUGUUAGCGACAAGACCACCAGUAGUAUAACGGAAAGUGACACAAACAUCGGGCUAACCAUAAAUCCUCUGGAAAAUGAAAUGGAUUCUGUGGGCUCGGAGGAAAUUCCCUCUUUGAGUAGCAGUGCUCCGAACAAAAUGGAAACAUCACGAAAAAGCAGCGGAAAUAGUGAUAAAGAGGAGAAGACCGUUGAUAUCGAAGACGAGGACGAUGAUGGACCUGGAAUGUUUGACUCUUCUUCGACAGACGAUUCCGAGUGCAGUACAUUCGAAACAGAAUCCGAGAAUCGGGAGAACAGUGUUGAAAAGGACAUUCCAACAGGAGGAGUGGGAUGUGGGUCCCUGGGAAAUAUCAAACGCUAUGUGGGCGACUGUGAAAGAGUCAGUGAAAAAUUGACCGAGCACGAUCGUACAAAGAAUCGCAAGACAUACAAAUUGACACGCGCUGGCAGUGAGGUCAUGGAAAAGCUGGAGAACGCUAUGUCCUCGGUUGUUGUUGAUGGUCACGCAGUGGAGGGUGGAGAUGCGGUCCACGUGGCUGAUGAGUACUUUGGUUCGUCGGCAGACAUAGUUGAGACAUUUGUCGGGGAUUUGAUGGAUGCUGUAAGCAAGACCUGUGAUCAGCCUAAGUCAACCUCUUCGCCGCGGAAGAAAUUGAAACGCGUCGAUGCAAUGAGGGACCAAAAGUCUAUUAAGAAAUCCGUGAGUGUGGGGUCGGGUAAGGAUAAGAAGCGAAUGAGUUGCAUCUCGAAGACAUCCACCGACAGCAAUAACAGUCUAUUGGGUGGUCGCAGUUCGAAUGAGGAGAAGGGCACUGUGAGUGAAUCCGAUGGAGGCAGUGACGAGGAUGUUUUCGUUGAGGAGGAACCAUCAUCGCGUAGUGAAAAACAAUCAAUUGGUUCGGGCGCUACAAUAAACGUUGAGGACAAGAGGAGAAGUUUGAGUCUGGAAACUGGUGGCACAGGACAUAAAAUCGAGUGGGAUCUAGCCAAAGAGACCCUUGAAAAGAGCAAACACAAUCUUGAGAUCCUGAGGCAGAAUGUUGCACUAGAAGCGGGCAAGAAACAUGGCCACAAAAAGAAGAAUUCCAAGGAUUUUAAACGAAAUUUUGAUAAGAUCCAUCCCUUUCACACGCAUAUGUUGCUGUAUUUCGGCGUCUAUGACACCAAACAAACCCUGUAUGCGUUUCAAACACUUCGCAACAUCAUCGCAUGCGAUACGCGAACCUUCUUGUGCCUUUCGAUUACCACCUCAUUCUCGAGUGGUUCGAUGAAACAACUCCUCAUCCGCCAUCGUAAGACUAUCCUGGGGAAAGGUUUCGCCGGCAGCAUUACAAACACAGAAUUUAGUCAAAGUUACCGCGGGUGCAUGCACUUGGAGGUCCUAGUCACAAUUUGUUUGUACUAUGCUCGAGGUUUCUUCCACAAAGAGUCCACGGAAGGCAAUGAUAUCCCACGGAAGGAAGACAUUGUAGGCAACUAUAAAGUGCAGUUGCAGAGCGUUGAACUACUCACACUGAUUUGCAGUGAACUCAUUGACAUUGUCAAGGGAAUGGGCAAGGGACUUGCCUGCUACAUUGCUGACUUGAUGGCCCGUUGCAAGUUGCAGAAGAUAAUUUUGCAUUGCAUCAAUUCGUCAGUGAUAUCGUUCAAUCAAAUCCGGGAUCAUACUCUCUCCGAGGAGAUCUUGAAUUUCAACAACGCCGGCGAUGAGCAUCUUCAUGCUGAAUCAUUCCAAAUUCAAUUACUACGUCUGCUGAUGGCUGUGAUAAAACUCGAGUACGAAGUAACGUUGCUUCAAAACGAGUCUGGUUCUGUGGAAGUGGGAAAAGGCGAUACAGUUAGCUCGAAUUCGCCAACUCGUCUAUCUGCUGAUGGUCCAGUGACCAAUGUUAAGUAUCUGCCGAACUGCCUAAUCAGUCAGCAGCAUAUGUUCCUUUCGGCUGUUCUAAGUGCUCUGCAGGCAGACCAUUUGAGACAUGUCCAUCGGAACUGGACGGAUCUUGUGACUUCAUCUCUGAACUGCUUCACCUUUGGUUCCCUAACGAAUAUUGUGAUCAGUGUGGUCCAUCAGUUGUGUAAUAAUCUGGAUAAGAUUGCGAAGUUCUCGCUCAAACAACAGUGUAAUUUCCCACCUGACUAUGUAGUCUCGCAGCUAGAAGCAAUCACAAUUCUUUGUCACUACUGUCUCUUGGACAACACCCAGCAGACGACGUUGUCGCAUCUCUUCAAUCAGGCCUACCCGCAGACGAGCGCUGCUGUUCAGAGCUCCAAUACCGGGCAGCUGUUGAACAACAUUGUACAUUCGUUCUUAUCCUCUCAGAACUCCACUGACGCACAGAGCCGCACUGCGCAGCAUAUGGCAGCGAGAAAUGCCGUCCUCAGCCACUUGUCGCGGAUUGUGACUAGUGUUGCAGCCAUUUGGGACAGCGAGCUGGGACAGGUGAGACAAGUCAAGCAACAGCUGAUGGAAUUCCUGAGUCCUGUGUCGUUGCAUCAUGGAGCCAAUUUCUUAGCCGCAGUUGCGGUCACAUGGCAAGAACGUGGAGAGGCCCAUCGGAAGCGCACUGCGGCGGAACGAAAUGAAGUGAAACUCUCCAUUGCCGAGCAAUUCCUUCGUAAUUCCACACCUCAGGCAUGCCCCGAGCAGUUGAGCCUGGUCAAAUUGGUUUCAAGCAUUCGAGUUAUGCCAAUGGAUUCCUUUGUGCAGACCCUCCACCAGGUGGUGAAGUCACCACCUCCAAUUCAUCGUCCACCGGCUGGAUUGACAAUUGAAGUUUCUGCGUUGGAGCUCUUCUAUUUCUACAUGAAGUCAGCACCGGCACCACAAUUGGGCGAUUCGUGGAGUUCACUUCUUGUCCUACUGCGUGACGGUCUAAAUUUGAGCCCUCCAGCUCAGUUCACAUUGCUAAUGUUACUAAGUGAAUUCGUUCAGCGUUGUCCGCAGAUGCCAUUCCAAGAUAAAAAGGAUAUUCGUGAUGUCCAUGACAUCACUUCGCGUCUAAUUGAAGCUCUAACAACUGUAGCUGGUGCAUGUCUGGAGCCAACAACAUGGCUGCGACGUAACCUCGCAGUAAAAGAAGACACAUCUCCCGUCACUCCGGAUGGAACUCUAAAAGAUCUCACGGGAACUCAACAGUACUGCAUUCAAGCGCAUUCCGUUCUAGCUGCAACUCUAGCCAAUCUCUUGGACGUUGCCUAUGGCUCUCAAGAGAAGGACAAGGUUGUCACGAUAGUCACCAAUUUGAUGUACACCAUCAUGCCGUACCUGAAGAAUCACACAGCGCGCAACAUACCCUCGUUUUACGCCUCAUCUAGCCUGUUAGCCAGCCUCAGUGGGUAUCAGUAUACACGGAAAGCUUGGCGCAAGGACAUGUUGGAUCUGCUCUUGGAUAAUUCCUUCUUCCAAAUGGACAUUUCGUGUUUGCCCUUUUGGAAGCAAAUUAUGGACAGUUUGAUGACAUACGAUAGCACCACGUUCCGUGAGUUGAUGAGUCGCGUGUCACCGGCGCAAGGCGGUAGUUUGUACAUAUUUGCAUCCCGCGAGCAGGAAUACGAGCAACGAGCGAUGUUCUUAAAACGCUUAGCAUUCGUAAUAUUCUGCAGUGAACUCGAUCAGUAUCAUAAAUAUAUGCCAGAGAUUCAAGAACAACUAGCAAAUAGUUUGAGACUCCUGCCUGUGAUUCCAGCUGUACAAUCAGCAGUGUUCCUAUGUUUUCGAGUUUUAUUAUUAAGAAUGUCCCCAGAUCAUGUGACAUCUUUAUGGCCCACAAUAAUUGCCGAAAUGGUUCAAGUAUUUCUUGCCAUCGAACAGGAACUUAAAUCAACUACAGAUGACUUGAGACUCAAUGCUAGUAACAAUAAUAAUUCCAACAACAGCAACAGCCAACAAAUGUCAUGGACAGCCAAUUCAAGCAACGGCAUAGCUUCACAAAAUCAUCUGUACCAUUGGCGCGCCGUUCAAUUAGAGACUGCAAAAUUACUUGAACUAGGAUGUGUUCUACCAGCGACCAACUUACCUCAUUUUCAGAUGUAUCGAUGGGCGUUUGUCGGCACCGAGUUCAAUGCAUCCGAGAAUUCCAUUUCAAAUGGUGAUUUCGAUGAUAUGCUUCCAAAUAGUACUCAAUACGUCCCGCAUAUACGUCGCAUAGCUCGCCUUAUGGAUCAAAAGUAUUCGGUUCAUUCGCCAAAACCAGAUUGUAAGCGUGGAACGCAUCUUGUAUUGACUUGCCAGCAAAUAGUUUCCCUGCAGGAUUUGUAUGGAUUCUUCUCGACUCUGAGUGUGACUUGUCCAACUCCGAGAAACUUUGCAGACACUGGCAAAGAGGUAUCCAGUUGUUUGGCUGAAAUCGAAGAGAUUCUAGCAAAGGAUUUCCUUGAGAAAAUGCCCACAAGUACGACGCCAAGGUGAAAGCCAUCCGUCACUAGCUAUACCAACCAUAACCAUCUAAAUGCUGAUGCAAUUGCCAACAAAUCAACAACUUCAAACUUCCCGUUCUAUGUUUAAUCCGAAUAAUGAUUAAAAACAAAUAAGAAAACAAGAAAACUAAAAAAAAUCAGCUGUAUGUAAUAAUUGUUUAAGGAUCAUAAUUUUGUUCUCUAUAUAUUUAAAUAUUGUGAUAUCAGAUCGGUGUAUUCUGCUGCUUCUCUUGCGUUUUGUGUUUGCUGCUGCUGCUGUUUGGCCGCUCUUCUGGCGCUAUUUAUAGAAGCUAAAUAACUGACUCGUUGAAAUUUAAAUCAAUUGUAUUUUUCUUUU